UGAGUUUUUGACUUUUCUGUGAUUCUCUCGCGUUUGUUUGUUUACCACAAUAAUAUUUCAAAGACUAGCCCAAAUCACUUUCAAGAUGGACAGUGUAAAAAGAACAAGUAAACGUAAAUUACCAGACUCAAGUGAUGUUCCUAAAAAGUUAGUCAGUAAAUCAAAGAAACCCAAAGUUGACGACAAGGAGCAAGGUGAAGCGAAAAAACAAAGCAAGAUAACUAAAAAAGCUGCUUUGUUAGACAAAAAUGAUGCCGGUACUUCAGCUGUAGAUGUUGUCGAGGGUGGCUUCGAUUUUGCAAGCUCUUGGGAUGAAGCUGAGCUACUCUCCAACGUCGAAAAAGUUCCAAGAAAGUUGGCGCAAAACUUUGUAAAACUCCUGACUGACGGUUGCACUCUGCCUUUCAUUGCGAGGUAUCGGAAAAGUGCAGUGGAUAAUUUGAUGCCCGACAGACUGCAGGAGUUAUUUGAAAGCUAUCAGAAUGUUUGUGCUUACAAGAAAAAAGUCAAAACUGUUUUAGAAACAUUGAAGAAAACUAAAAAGCUCACACCAGAUAUUGAGAAAAGUAUCCUGAGUGCACAGAAUCUAGCUGAAUUAGAUUUGAUAUAUGCACCACUGAAGACAAACUCACUCUCCCUGGCUGAAAGAGCACGGAAGCUAGGGUUAGAGCAGCAUGCCAUCAAAGCUUUGAACGGAGCGUACCUGGACCCCGGUAGUCUCUGUUCCAACGAUGAGGAGCUGGCAACGCCGGACAAGGUGGAGGCUCAUGUGACUCACAUAGUCGCUGAUAUCAUCUACAAGGAUGCCAGGGUGUUGGAGCAGAUGCGACUUCUGAAAGAUGAAACCAGAUUCACACUCCAGAGCACCCGCACAAAGAGCUCUUUGAAACCCAAAGAGAAUGCAGACAACAAGAGAUAUGAAACCAAUAGCCCUCCUGAGACGUACAAGCUAUACUUCGAGUGGAAAUGUCCCACACACUUUGUGAAGCCACAUCAGAUGCUAGCUCUGAACCGGGGGGAAGAUGAGAAAAUUCUGACAGUCAAAGUGGUUGUGCCUGAUUGGUAUUAUAAUAAAUUGGAAAGAUUCUGCCUAUCCCUCUGGAAGAGCAGCCACUGGGUAAAGCGGGGCCUCACCGACGCCUACACCCGGCUCAUCAAGCCGUGGCUGUCUCGCCAGGUACGCUCGGAGUUGACCUCCGCGGCCCACAAGGAAGCUGUGAAGACAUUCACGAGCAACCUGGAGAAGUAUCUGCUGACCGAGCCUGUGAAGGGCAGAAGAAUCGCUGGACUGGACCCCGGGUUUAAAGCUGGCUGUAAGGUAGGCAUAAUAGAUACAGAUGGACAAAAGUUGGACGCCUGCACAAUACACCCUAACUUCAAAAGUAGCCACGAAGACCCGGCAUUUAGACAACUCAAACAGUUGCUCGAGAAACAUGGAGUACAAUUAAUAGGUCUAGGAAACGGUACAGCAUGUAGAGAGACUGAAUCAUGGCUCAAAAACAACAAUAUAAGCACAGAAAUCCCCAUAGUUAUUGUGCCAGAGCAGGGAGCGUCUAUCUAUUCUAUAAGCAAGGAAGCACAGAAGGAACAUCCUGGAUUAGAUCCAAAUCUAAUUUCUGCAUUGUCCAUUGCACGGAGAGUACUCGACCCUUUGGGAGAACUAAUCAAGGUAGACCCCAAGCACCUGGGCGUGGGUAUGUACCAGCACGACAUCCCUCCGAAGCAGCUGGAAGCGGCACUCGCCUGCGUAGUGGAGACCACUGUCAGUUUGGUGGGGGUGGAUGUUAAUACUGCCUCGCAUGCGCUGCUGAGGAGAAUAUCAGGCCUAAACGAGAACAGAGCGAAGAAGAUUCUAGAAUACCGAUCCAAGAACGGGCCACUCCACACUAGAGAGGAGAUACUCAAGGUCAGCGGCAUCGGCAAGGUCACGUACCAGCAAUGCGCGGGGUUCCUCAAGGUCACGGGGGGCAACGAGCCGCUCGAUGCCACGGUCAUACAUCCCGAGAGCUAUGCUGUUGCUAAGGCAUUCGCUAAAAAGCUCGAAUUGAAUCUCAAAGACCUGACCAAACCUGACUUCCCAGCUAAAUUUGAGCGCAAACUGUCCAGUUUCGACCUCGAAUCAUUUAGACAAGAGAUGCAAGUAGAUGGCCCAGAUAUGGAGUUGAUAGUCAGCGCGUUCAAACAGAAGAGCAAUGCUGAUGAUAUGAUCUCAUUCAGUAAGCCGGUUUACUCCAUAUCCGUGCAGAAUACUGAGCAACUGAAGGAUGGAAUGUCCUUGACAGGUGUGGUCCGAAACGUGGUCCCAUUCGGUUGCUUCGUGGACUGCGGCGUCGGAGACAACGGGCUCAUCCACACCAGCCAGAUGGGAGGGCAUCCCACGCCGCGGCUGGGGAACCGAGUGGCAGUGACCGUGGUGGGCGUCCCACGCCCGAAGAAACUGCAGCUCAGGCUGGAUAAGAUACUCGAUUGAUGAUGGACUGCUUGAUGCAGGUAUUUGGUUACCAAUGGUAUAUUUUUAUGAAUGUUUUGAUUUUUUAUAUGAACGUUUUUACUUUUAUUCAAUUGUAAGUUCUUGUUAUUUGAAUGAAUAAUUUGAAAUUAUUAUUAAUGAUGAUUAAGCCUA